AUGGAACGAUUUCGCGCGAGGGUGCGAAGCCCCCUGCAUUACGCUCCUGUUUUUGAUAUCGACGCGGGAUCUGGCGACCCAACCAGCUGUGCCCGAACAGAUGACUGGGUUUGGCGGUUCCAGGCUCUGGUCGACGCACACAUUCCAGACACUGCCGAACGCCUGAAAGUGGCGGUGCUGGAUACCGGACUAGACGUUAAACACCCAGAGUUUGCUGACGAAGAUCGACUCAAGGAACGCCGAAGCUGGGUCGGCAGUGCUGCUGACGUUGAUAGCAGUGGGCAUGGGACGCACAUCGUCAGCACCAUCCUGUCUCUCACAGAGAACGUGGACGUCUAUGUUGCCAAAAUCUCGGAGGGCAACACGUUUGAAACGACGGAGCAGAUUGCUGAGGAGUGCGACACCCCUAUAGCAAUCCAAGUUGCGAGCGAAGAGUGGGACGUUGAUAUCAUCUCACUAUCCUUCGGCUUGCGCCACAAACCCCAGAAAGUGCAAGACGAGAUCAAAAAGGCCGUCGACCGAGGAAAGCUCAUCUUUGCCGCAGCGUCUAACAGUGGCGCAAACGACCCUCGCGCGUACCCAGCUAGCCAAGAGGGUGUGAUUUGUGUUCACUCGGCCGAUGGGCUGGGCAAUGCAUCGUUGUUCAACCCCACCGAACUUCCCGGUCCGGACGAUGACAACUUCUGUUUUGUGGGGGAGAAUAUCGAGGGGGCUUGGCCAAGCAGCAUGCCGGACCAAGCCGGUGGAACAAGGCGCAUGACUGGGACUUCCUACGCUACCGCUGUUGCUAUUGCGGUUGCUGCGCUCAUGAUUGGUUUUGUGAGGGAGAAUAUGCCGGAGCACGUCAACUGGGACAUUCCUCCGUUGAGCCUUGCCGGCAUCAGGGCCAUCUUCCACACCAUGUCAGAACAGAGAAACGGGCAACGUUACGACCUAGUAAACCCAGUCCGGGUUUUCGGCGGGGAUACCCCAGCCGAACAGCAGGAAGUACUAGAGGCCAUUCGGACAAAGCUUGAACGUGCGAACGUUGGGCAUGUGGUGGACGUGGAGAGCCUGGUUAUGGUCUACGACGAAGGGGAUCUGGUAGAAGGAGUAUUCGAGGGAGGGAUUCUUGGAAGCGAGGAUGUGGGUGAUGAAUACCUUACAGUUAGAGCCGGCGACGGGGACAUUCAGGCAUAGUCCACCAUUAUUGGGAUGUGGGAGUUUACAUGGAGGUUAGAUGCCAGUUGGGUAUGUCUCAUGCUAUGUACCUAUCAUUCAGUUUACUUUGCUCUCUCACAGUUCCCACAGUGAAGGUUGUGCAAGCUCAAGAGAAACGCCCAACACAGAGCCCAGGUGGCAACUAGCGCUGAACUCGGCAACUCGUCGGUUUCCAGAGCCCCUGAUUCGUUGUCUCCGCUGUCCUGCAUGCGGCUGGCCAUUAGUGAGAGCGACCCUUCAUUCGAACCGGAAGGUCCCUGGCCCCUGAACUCGGCGCGUGUUACCCCUCCUGGCUAUCUCAAUUCUUACACGCCGCCAAAAAGUCCAGUUUGAGUGAGCCUGCGAGGGUGCCUACAGCAUCACAUCACGAAUCGAGACUUCUUGAGAGAAACAUCCGAGGGUUUUCAACGACAACACGAGACACAAGCGGU